UGCGAACUGUUUAGACAGGGAAGCAUGCGACAUUUACCCCGCUUCUAGUCUCACGUCGAUUCAUUUACUGCUAUUUUACUAUGUUCGCGUUCCCCUGUUCAAACAUUGCGUCCAUCAACCACGGGUUGUGUGCCACAUUAUCGAUUGACAGAUUGCUAUAACAUAUGUGGUUAGCUGAUAAGUCAAAUACCGAUCCAGGCGUUGUACGAUCUGGCAGGCGUCAGCAACGCCUGGGCAGAGGAAUGCGCUGAUUGUAGCCAGAGAGAGCCGUAGGCUUAUUCCGAUGAAUCAGCAUUGUGACUGUAAGUAGGGUGGGGGGGAAGGGAGGAGUAACUUUAGCUGGGUGGAACUUACACAGGAGCGAGCCAUGUUUAUUUGUGCUAUCUGGGGUCCUUGGGACAUCUCUACCCUAAACCAUAACCCAACCCACGAUAACCCGUUUACAUUUCAAUGGGAUGAUGCCAGAGUUGGACGUCACAAGGAUCCCGGAUAGCAAGUACCAUGUUGAUAGAAAUAUCGGUAUUUGUAUGCGUCAGACCCUGUAUGUUAUUCACCACUCUGCCAAUGUAACGGGCCUGGAGGAUGGCACGCUGGGGGUUUAUUUUUUUAACUUUUCAGGACAACUGAAGAUACUAGGUUUAAUUUGUGUAAGUGUAGGCCGUCAUUUGUAAAUAAGAAUUAGUUCUUUACUGACUUUCCUAGUUAAAUAAAACAAAAAGUUGAAUUUACAUCCACUUGUGUAGAUGUCAAAUUAUCAUAUGGGGCCAGAAGACUAGUUGCUUAUUGUAGACAUGUUGUCAAAUUUGUUUUUCUAUAACUAUUACAGUACAAGGUUGAUUUCAAACUAAUGGUUAUAAUUAUUUAUUUUUUAAUCGGGAUACAGGCAAUAAUUUUUCAAGCCUAUCAAUCCUUUAUGGCCCUCUUGGAGUUUAAUGUCACUGUCAGAGGAAACUCUGCUGUCCUAUUUUACAAUAAACAUUUUUGCUUUUAAAAAAAACAGUAUGUUACAAACAAAUUCCAAUCCACUGCAGGCACUGCAUCAUGUUUUUGUUGUGAUUUGCCAUACACGAGGUAGCUGGGAGUGCUCAUCAUUUGCAGACUUCACCAUUUCAGAAGUGUGGCAAAAAUGGGGUCAUAUUUGUGUCAGGUAGGCUGAUCUCCCAUGCCUUCAUCUCAACUGUGACUGACCCCCCUCCCUCAAUGUGUUAUACUUAUAGUUAUCCUUAUAGCGAACAAGAUUUUCUCCUGUGAUCUUUGUGACUAUCAAACAAAUCAGCUCCAUCUGCAUACAAAUUCCACCCUUCAAUAUGAAAAUAUGUUUUUUGCAUUACAGUGUGUAAUUCUUCAUUUUUGCCUGCAACUAACAUUUUGUUGGUUUGGUCUACAAAACGAUGCAUACUGCUCCUUGUCCUUCCAUCGUCCUGAAGCUCGAGCAACCUUCAGGUUCUCACCCAAUGCAAUGUGACACAAACUAUUUGCAUUGAGGAGGUAAAAGCAGGCAUUGUUAUUUGUAGCUGCUCAUAGCCUUUUACAGUUCCACAGCACCUGGUCCCAGUAGCCGAGUUCUAGUGUAUCACCCCCCCUUCUGCACACACACAAGUCAUCCAGUGACUUUGUAUGUAAUGUGCAUUGACGUGCUGGUGACUAUCAUGUGUUCUCCCUGCUCUAGCUGGAUGUUUGUCACUUUUAGGCUCCCGCCGCCCUGGUUGGCAGGCUGCUGUGGCUGGAGGCAAGUGUCCAACACUCGUCUCAGCACUGGAUCACACAAACAAGCUUUGAGUUUGCUUCCCGUUUCAAGACUGGAGAGCUAGAGUGUUCUCCAAUCCCGAGAAUAAUGGUAGCAAACUGUACCAUCUUAUCAGUGUGGCGAUCUAAGUUGGAUGUUCCACUCAGCAGGCACCUUGCAGGUCUGUCUGAAAAGACCUGAAGGAGAGUUAAGAACAGAAGCAGUUUUUCAGUAACAUGCGGAAGCAAUGACAAAAAGAGGAAGCCGUCCCAUAUAUAUGCCUGUGCGUCGCCGUAGGAAAGGGCUACCAUGUACUCCAAAGGCACCAAACGCAAGUUCUCUGAUGGUGUGGACAACAAGGCGGUGGCGGCAUCCUAUAGCCUGCAGCGCCAGUCCCUGCUGGACAUGUCCCUGCUCAAGCUGCAGCUGUGCCACAUGCUGGCGGAGCCCAACCUGUGUCGCUCGGUGCUCAUCGCCAACACGGUGCGCCAGAUCCAGGAGGAGAUGGCCCACGACGGCAGCUGGCAGGUGGUCACAGAGGCCUUAGGUGGCUCUGGCCAUGGCCCAUCUGACCGCUUGGUGGACACCGAGGUUCUGUGCCAGUCGCCGGAGCAGCAGGACGGUGGGCCUAGGCUAUACUCAGUGAUGGGCUACGAUGGCUGCCGUGAGGAGGAAGUGGUGACGGACAAGGCAAUGUGUUCUGUGGUGGUUGGCGACAGGGCCCCGGCCCUCCUGUUGGGGACCAUUGGCCACUGCUGGGACAGGGGGGAACUGAGAGUGGAGGAUGGGGUCAGCAAAGACUCAGGUACGGGGGACGAGGAGGGGACGAGGUCUGGGGAGGGGGCUAAAAUGGCAACAGGGCAGGUGUUUGGGACUUUCGAGAUCAAGAACGGUGCCCCUGGGUCAGACCCGGCACUAGAGGAGCUGUUCUCUGACGUUGAUGCCUCGUAUUAUGACUUGGACACCAUGCUGACAGGCAUGCAGAGUGCCCCCAAGAUGGGGCCUUACGACUUUCUGGACAGCUUGGCCUCCUCACACGGCUCUGUGUCCAACUCCAGCUGUAGAGCCGAUCUCAAUGAACUUGACCACAUUAUGGAGAUCAUUGUGGGCUCAUAGCUUACAGACUUAAAACUCGAAUACUGUUUCAUUGAUCUUGUGCCACUGCCUUUUUGUCUUGUAUGUGCGGACAUACAGUAUUUACACACUUUCCUCUGUAUGGAAACUGAGUGAAAUCCAUCUCCGUGCAAUGAAAUGUUCAUCUGAAAAGGUUCACGUUUUCUCAAGUUCACCAUCCUUUUUCUUAUGUAUACUUUAUGUUUGUAUUUGAGUGUGUUCUCUCUUCUGUUUUUUUAAUGUAGUUUCUGGUUUAAUUUAUUGUACUUAUUACACUACAUCAAUUCAGAGCAGCACAACAUAUUUACAUGAACUAUACAUAUUUUCUUUAAAAAUAUAUAUAAGAAACGUUUCUGUAUAAAUAUACACAUAUUUUUUUACGAAAGAGACAGUCUGGGAAUUGUUCUUUUUUUUUUAUAUAUAUAUAUCCAGAACAAUUGCACAAAAGCUCUCAUUUACCUGUUGUCUUCCAAAGGUUGAACUUUGGUUGUGUCUUUGAGCUACAAGAGUAAAGAUGCAUUGUCAAACAUGAAUUGCGUUCAGUAUGCUCACAAUGUGAUGCACCCAUGUCUUGGUCUAUGGUUUGGUGCUACAGUAUAUGCACCAUGUACAGUAUUCCUUAUAAACACAUUGCCUUCUUGAGCCAUACCGUUUUGUUUUUGCACCACGUCUAGCUUAACCUCACAGCCUAGCAUGUGGUGCCAUUUGUUUGCUAUUAGAAAUAACAUAUGUUCUUAUAUUUGUCUCAUUACAAAUGAAGAAUUGUAAUGGGUAUAUUUCUCAUUUUAUGUUAUGACUUUUAGCCUAUUUUAUUUAUUAAGUGUAAACAUAUGGUGGUGUUAAACCUUGGUAAUACUUAAGGUUGUAGAAGCUUUUCAGCUUUCUGACAUGAAUUGAUAUUUUGAAAUCAUAAUGAGUUUCCGGACUUUCAUGCAUACUUUUAGUGAAGUAAUUACUUUAUUCAAAACAAACUGAGAACAUGUAAAGAAUUGUGCUAUUCAGCUGACCUAUUCCAACAUUUUUUUAUUUUUUUUAUUGCGUUCAAAGCCUGCACUCAGGCGCAAGUUAAUAUUGUGAGAAAACAACUGAUUGCUGAUUAAACAGACAUGAGGUGGGAGAUCUCACAUUUCUUUUUGAUAAGUACUGUACAUUUGACAUUUGUGACCAUGAGCUAGAGUAAAUUUAGCUUUUUUAAAUACAAGUAAACUGUAGCAGUUUUUACAAUUUUUAAUAAAGGUUACAACAUUAUCAUAAUA